AUGUUUUGUUUGUUGAUUGGGGAAAGCGAAAUUCGAUUGAUAUCGAUGUGGGAAAGUAUCAAAUUAUUUCCCAUUUAAAUUUCGUCAUUUGUUAUGGCAAUCGGCGACGUGGUUGUCUUCCUAUCUGGUAUCUACCGGCGGCCACUUUUCCCGCCUUAAAAAAUUGAGGUCAAAUCCCUUGAAAAUUAACGCGCCACCGGUUUUUAACUUUACGCAGAAAAGCCGAAUUCUAGAAUAAAUGGAACCCUGUUUACCUAAACUUCUAAACCUUCUCUAUAAAGCUCGCAAUUUAAUCGGAGUUGCGACCAUCGGUUCUUCCUCCGCCGCUGCCUCCGCUGCAAUUACAUCAUCUCCAAAGUUCUCUACUUCCGCCGCCGCUAUGGAUGAUCUCCAAACCCUAAAAACCCGACUCUGCAUCAUUGGUAGUGGUCCCGCUGCGCAUACCGCCGCCAUCUAUGCCGCCCGCGCGGAGAUCAAACCUCUCCUCUUCGAAGGAUGGAUGGCUAAUGACAUAGCUGCUGGUGGUCAGCUCACUACGACAACAGACGUGGAGAACUUUCCGGGGUUUCCAGAAGGCAUUCUAGGGUUUGAACUCAUGGAACGAUGUAAAAGUCAAUCGAUUAGGUUUGGUACCGAAAUCUUCUCCGAAACUGUUACUAAAGUUGAUUUCUCAUCAUCUCCUUUCAAAAUAUUCACCGAUUCGAAAUCUGUUAUUGCCGAUUCGGUUAUUGUCGCUACCGGCGCCGUCGCGAGGCGGUUAACUUUCCCCGGCUCCGGUGAGGGAAAAUCAGGGUUUUGGAACAAAGGUAUUUCAGCUUGUGCCGUUUGCGAUGGUGCUGCUCCGAUCUUCAGAGGUAAACCGCUGGCAGUGAUUGGCGGAGGCGAUUCUGCAAUGGAAGAAGCCAAUUACUUAACUAAAUACGGAUCGAAGGUUUACAUCAUUCACAGGAGAGGUGAGUUCAGGGCUUCCAAAAUCAUGCAACAGAGAGCCAUGAAUAACCCCAAAAUCGAGGUUAUAUGGAACUCAGCGGUGGAGGAAGCUUAUGGUGCAGAAGGGAAAUCUCUUCUAGGAGGUUUGAAAGUGAAGAAUGUUGUCAAUGGUGAGAUUUCAGAUUUGCAGGUUUCUGGUUUGUUCUUCGCAAUUGGGCAUGAACCAGCUACUAAGUUCUUGGAUGGGCAGCUGGAGCUUGAUUCCGAUGGUUAUGUUGUGACUAAGCCGGGAACCACCAUCACCAGUGUAAAGGGUGUCUUUGCUGCCGGAGAUGUUCAGGACAAGAAGUACAGACAAGCUAUCACUGCUGCUGGUUCUGGGUGCAUGGCAGCUUUAGAUGCAGAACAUUAUCUGCAGGAAAUUGGAUCCCAGCAAGGGAAGAGUGAUUGAUGAUGUCAAAACUCAAAUUGCCAAGAAAGAAAAUUUUAUAAAAAGCUGAUUCAUGUAUGGCUUUACAACAUUUAAGAAUAUUGGUAUUUGAUAUUUAUUGGCUGGAAUAUGCCAAGAAUUUAUUUAUUUAUCAAAUUUGUUUGCUUUAAAAAACUAUUUAGUGGAUGAUGGAUGAUAUGUUG